CACACGUAUUUUCGCAUCUUGGUGGACACAUGGCUUCCAAAUGAAAGAGUGAAGUGCCCCACUUCGGUUUGUCGUUGAGGAAGGUCCACACAUGCUUCACCUCUAAAUCACAUCUCUUGUAAAGUUCCAUGGAUGCUGCAAUUGGCCUUCAAAAUGCUCUCUCUAUCGGUAUCCUUAAUCCAUGACCCAGUCGGGAUGAUGUGUAUUUUUAAGAGGCUGGGUGGUUGAGAAUUGGAGGGGGUCUUCAGAAAGGGGUUGUUUUCUUUUGGGAUUUGUGGAGACCCAAUUUGGAUUUUUUGAGUGUUGAGGGAAACCCUUGUUUGAAUUUCAUGGAUACUUUACUCAAGACUCAUAAUAAGCUUGAAUUUCUGCACCCACUUCAUGGGUUUGCGGAGAAACUGGGCAAUUUGACCUUUCCAAAGCUCCAAAACCAGGAGUUUAGAUUUGGUCCGAAGAAGUCCAAUCUGAAAUGGGGUAGAAAUGGGUGUGUUAAGGCCAGUAGUAGUGCCCUUUUGGAGCUUGUUCCAGAAACUAAGAAGGAGAAUCUUGAGUUUGAGCUUCCUAUGUAUGACCCUUCAAAGGGCCUUGUAGUCGACCUUGCAGUUGUGGGAGGUGGCCCUGCCGGGCUUGCCGUCGCGCAGCAAGUUUCAGAGGCAGGGCUUUCAGUCUGCUCGAUUGACCCAUCUCCCAAAUUGAUUUGGCCCAAUAACUAUGGUGUUUGGGUGGAUGAGUUUGAGGCCAUGGAUUUGCUUGAUUGUCUUGACACUACUUGGUCUGGUGCCGUUGUUUUCAUUGAUGAUCACUCAAAGAAGGAUCUUGGUAGGCCUUAUGCAAGGGUUAACAGGAAGCAGCUGAAAUCGAAAAUGAUGCAGAAAUGCAUAUUAAAUGGUGUAAAGUUUCAUCAAGCUAAGGUUAUAAAGGUUAUUCAUGAGGAAUCCAAAUCUCUGUUGAUUUGCAAUGAUGGGGUCACAAUUCAGGCUGCUGUAGUUCUUGAUGCUACGGGUUUUUCUAGAUGUCUUGUUCAGUAUGAUAAGCCCUAUAAUCCAGGUUACCAAGUUGCUUAUGGGAUUUUGGCAGAAGUGGAAGAGCACCCAUUUGAUGUGGAUAAGAUGGUUUUCAUGGACUGGAGAGAUUCUCAUCUGAACAACAAUAUGGAACUGAAAAAUAGAAAUAGUAGGAUCCCCACUUUUCUAUAUGCAAUGCCUUUUUCAUCUAACCGGAUAUUUCUUGAAGAAACUUCUCUAGUAGCUCGACCAGGAGUGCCUAUGGAAGAUAUUCAGGAAAGGAUGGUAGCUCGGCUGAGGCACUUAGGCAUAAAAGUCAAAAGCAUUGAAGAGGAUGAGCGUUGCAUCAUUCCAAUGGGUGGGCCCCUCCCAGUGCUCCCUCAAAGAGUUGUUGGCAUUGGUGGAACAGCUGGAAUGGUCCACCCGUCGACUGGGUACAUGGUAGCAAGGACUCUAGCAGCAGCUCCAAUUGUUGCAAAUUCUAUAGUUCAGUACCUUGGCUCUGACAGAAGCUUUUUUGGCAAUGAAUUGUCUUCUGAAGUUUGGAGAGAUCUAUGGCCAAUCGAAAGGAGGCGUCAAAGGGAAUUCUUUUGUUUUGGUAUGGAUAUCCUUCUUAAGCUUGAUUUACAAGGAACAAGAAGGUUUUUUGAUGCAUUCUUUGAUCUAGAACCUCGUUAUUGGCAUGGAUUCUUGUCAUCUCGACUGUUUCUUCCUGAGCUCAUAUUUUUUGGGCUUUCCCUGUUCUCUCAUGCAUCUAAUACUUCUAGGAUAGAGAUUAUGGCAAAGGGUACUCUUCCUUUGAUAAACAUGAUCAACAACUUAAUACAGGACAAGGAUUAAGAUGAUGGAACUUAUAUGUAUACUGUUCAAUGUGAUGAUGCAUCAUUGCCCAUAAGUGUUAGUGUAAACACUAUCAGUGAUCUAUUAUGCAAUUUUAUUCUUGUA